AUGGCUUCGUGGGGAGCUAUAUAUGCCGUGUUGCUGCGAAGUGUGGGUUUAUUCCCGUCAGUAUUUCUCCCAAAUGCUGUCCUCCGGUAUACGGAGAAAUCAAUGAGCACGAAAACUCCUGGAUCACAAACGUUCACUGGCGAGAAGGCAAUGCCGUCAAACCAUCAACGUGGGACCCCCAUGUUGUGGAGGCCGGUUGUACAGCGAUGAUCUACACAACCAAGCCUUCUUAUCACAGUUCUAAAUUGUUGUGGGAGUGCAACUAUGAAGGAGCACUCCAAAGUAUAGAAAUGGCG